UCAGGAGCUGCAGGACUGUUGAUCACCGCGGGACUUUCACACUGAGGGACGUAAAGAUUCAAAUCGACAUUUUAAGGCUGAACUUUCAGGACGCUGCUGGAUAAUCUCAAACCUGGAAUCAUGAAGUCUCCAAAGCUUAAAGCUCAAGCGAAGUUCGUCAACGAGGAUCUGACCGACGUGCUGUGCGAGUUCGACGCGGUGAUCGAAGACUUCACGUCGCCGGUGGAGAAGCGACACUUCAGGUACGACGAGCACCUGAAGACCGUGAAGAGGAGGAGCAGCGCGAGCGUCAGCGACAGCGGCAUCAGCGACUCAGAGAGUGCAGAGUCUCUCAACAGAAACAGCUUCAGCUUCAGCGACGAGCGGCUCAACUCCCCCACCGUGCUCUCCCCCACCUCACCCCCUCUCAUGUCACCAAAACCCAGACUGGGCGACACCAAAGAACUGGAGGACUUCAUCGCCGACCUUGACAGGACAUUAGAGAGCAUGUGACACGGAGGCUGGCAGUCGUGCUGGAGCGCAGCCAUGAGCGAGGGAGGGAGUGGAUGCCUGGACUCCCCUUGAACAUGCACCUGCCCCCCCCCCCCCCCCCCCCCCCCACACACACACACACACACACACACACACACACACACACACACACACACACUGAAAACCACCCAACAGGAUACAGCUGGGUGUCACCACAACCGCCAGCGCUCCGCUAACUCCAGACCACCCGGCGACCAGCGGCUGUAUGGACGGCAUGAAAGGUCAAAAUUAGCAUCGCGAGGACGAGAAUACUCCUCCGCCACGAGGCGACGGACUCCAUGAAAAGUUGUGAGGAAUGACAACAUGGAAUAGACGCUACGAAGAGACACUGGAUCACUGACAAACCCCCGCCACCCAGACCAGGCCGCACUCCCUCAUCCUCUACUUGAGCUGGAAGAGUAUUUAAAAAAAGAAAAGGCUUUUUAUAAUAGAAAUAUAUUUGUAAUUUUAUAGAGCUUCUUAUUGUAAAUGUAUCUCUUUUUUUUGUGAAAUAUAUUUUUGUAUCUUAUGUAAAUAAUAAUUGUUCCAAAUUCUAUUUGCCUUGGUUUUAACAGGUCGGUCAGAUUAAGGUUUGACGCUCGCUGACUGGAGAAAAGUUGGUUACAGGUUUAAAUGUGAACUGAAAACUUAGAAAAAAACUGGAAAGCAAAAUGUGUAUUUAAUACAGCUAAUGCCAGAGACAAAAUUAAAAUAUGAAAUAUUGUUCUUUUA